AGUCACGUGGCAGCGUGUUUCCGUCUGCUGGCAGCAGCUUCAAUCCGGUGUGGAGGAUGAGCUCAGGCAAUGGGACCAGGCGGAAGGUUGGCAAGCUGAAGCAUUUCAACAACAUGGUGGCGUUUGACGCCGAGACACUGACUGAGAUUCAUGGCCUCUUCAGUAAAGUUAGAACCUAUGUGAAACCUUCCAACGGGGAGUGGUGCAUCCCCGACCCAAACGUCGCCCUCAGACACUCUGCGGAGCAACACGGCCGGCUGCAGGCCCUGAAGGCAUCGCUGAAUGAUGUAAAGAACCAGCUCAGUGACAAGAACGUCCAGGUCUGGCAUCAGCACACCAACUCCACCAAUCGAGCCGGGAAGGUGAUCGCCACCGUGCGGUCCGCUGCAAACGCAGAGAUCUGCACUCAGGCCUGGUGCAAGUUCUCUGAGAUCCUGGGAACCUUUAACCUUCUUCCAGAGGAGGCGCUUCAGAAUGGAGAACUCAACACAGUCCACCUGUGUGAAGCUCCAGGGGCCUUCAUAACCGCUCUGAACCACUACAUCAAAACCAGCGAGUCCACACGCUACUGCGACUGGAGCUGGGCCGCCAACACUCUCAACCCAUACCACGAGGCUAACGGUGGCAGCACGACCAUCGCAGAUGAUCGUUUGAUCGCCAACACGCUGCCCUGGUGGUUUUUUGGCUCGGACAACACGGGCAACAUCAUGAUCCAGAAACAUUUGCUGGAGCUGCAGGCGUUCGUGGCGAACAUGCGUAGAGUUGAUUUGGUGACGGCGGAUGGCAGUUUUGACUGUCAGGAGAACCCAGAUGAGCAGGAGGCGCUGGUGGCGUCGCUGCAUUACUGCGAGGUCACCGCUGCACUGCUGCUGCUGAGCCCCGGCGGCUCCUUCGUGCUGAAGAUGUUCACCCUGUAUGAACACUCCUCCGUCUGCCUCCUCUACCUGCUGAACUGCUGCUUCAGCUCGGUGAAUGUCUUCAAACCAGCCACCAGCAAAUCAGGAAACUCUGAGGUUUAUGUCGUGUGUCUGAACUUUGACAGUAAAGAGGCUUUGAGGCCGCUGCUCUCCAAACUGAUACGUAACUACGGACCACAUCUGGCCGACCGAGAGGCACUUUUCCCGAACUCACUUAUCCCAGAGUCGUUCCUGAAACAGCACGAAGAAGUGUGCUCGUACUUCCACACGCUGCAGGUGGAGACGAUCACAGAAAACCUGCGACUGUUUGAAGGAAUGAGCAGCGAGCAGAGGCAGCGGCUCGACCUCAUCAGGGACUGCACGGCUCAGGAAUACCUGCAUCGCUUCCAGGUGAGCUUCCUUCAGCGGAGCCGAUGGAUCUCUCGUAACACGGUGAGUCCCGCCUGUUGCAGCGUCUCAGCGGGACGACCCCUGGGACAGAAGAAGCAAACAGGCUCCUUCAACGAGCGCAGGGAGUUGCAGACCCUGAGCUGGAGGGAGCGCAUCGAGAGAGGUUGCCAUGCCACCUGGGUGCAGAGACACCGGGCUGAGGCCGGAGGGACCGGCUGCGUGCUGGAAGGACCCCUGUCCGAGUGUCACAUGGACUCAUGGUAUGUUAUCGUCGGGGCUGCACUGCCUGCGGUCAGAAACUCUCCGUUCUGUGAAGGAGAGUUGUUAAACCACUUGAAUGAAGCCCUGAUGGACUCAGCAGUGGACUGGACUCGUACACCUCCCUGUGAGUCCUGUCUUGUGGUUUGCUCGGCCUCUAUCUUGUCGGAUGUUGCACGUCUUUGUGCAGCUGACAGUGAUGGGAACAAAAAGCAGAGGCAGUGUCUGGUGUUUGGCAGCGGCUCAGUGUGGGGCGGCUGUGAAAGCCAACUGAAGGAUUUAGUCUUAACGUUUUCUGCAGAGCCUUUAGCUCCUGAAAGAGGCUGCAUCACGCUGCACGACGGGGAGCCGCUGUACCAGCAGCAGCUCUUGGGCUGUGUUGUGUUUUCCCUGCAGACCCUGAGCUCAGGGGACGCCCUGCUGCUGCCUGUGUUUUCUGCCCUCACCCGUGUCACAGCAGCUGUUGUGCUCUGCCUGCAUGUGUGUUUUCACUCGGUCACGUUCAGGUGUCCGUCCCCUUCAGGCGUAGUCGGGGCGCUGCUUGUGUGUGCGGGCUUCUGCCCCGAAGCUGCCGCACGAAUACUCCCUGUUCUCACUGACGUCCAUCAGCUGUUCAGAGGAGAGGAGGCUAAAAAUCUGCCGUCUGGGUGUGACAGCCAGGUGCUGCAGUUUGUUCCCAUGGAGGAACUGCUCACAGGAGGACUGACUGAGUUCCUGCGGACCAUGAACGCUGAAAUCAUCCAACAGAAGCUGCAUUUACUCAUGAAACCACAGUGCUCUUCAGUACGCUGUGACUCCAGGGUCGUUAUGUAACACUUUAUUCUUGUUGAAUCAGCAGGCUGCUUGAUAACACUGGAUCGUUUUUUUGUAUACUGAUAUUAAAAGAGUACUCCACUGAUUCAGAAUUGCACAGAUCUGACACUGUCUAUCUUACAAUGGACAGCUUUUUAAAGGUUGUUUUUUAUUUUACUCCACGCUUUUUUUUACCAAAACCAGGCCCUAAUGACAAGGACUUAAGUGACAUCACUUUUCAUUAAUUUAUAAGAUUUUACCCCUGUAGAGCUCUCAGAUUAAUGAAUAUGAAGAUAAAAACAUAAAAAACAAAAAAGGCAUUGUUGUAAAAACAAAAUUAGAGCCCAUUACAGUCCGACUGAUAACCUCUCAUUGUUUUUUGUCAUUUUAAUUUGUAAUAAUUUUAACAUAAUAACCAACUCCAAAAAACAAUUGAUGAUACAGCUAUGAUAUACAUACAAUAACCAACAAAAACAAGCAAACCAUGCUGUGUUUAUCCCGUCUUUCUAUUUGGCGAUAAGAAACAAGAUCAGUUUACGACAAGUGCAGAUUAGAGCCUGGCGGAUAUCGAUAUUAGUUGAAUAAAAAAUAGACUUUAGAAAAGGGUAAUUUGGAAUAAAAUAUAUCCAGUUACUAUGAAUGAAUGAGUUGAGUUUUAAUAUUUCCACCAACAAUUAUUUCACAAAUUGUUGAUUUAUUAUAUUUUACGCAAUGUAUUUAUUUCAUAAUGCCCUUUAUUUUACUUGUUGUUUUAGAAAAAUAAGCUUCUCUGUGCCAUUGAAACAAUUACUAAAGUACAUAUACAUUGAUAUAUGUAUCUCAUAUACAUAUAAUCAGCCAAUGUCAUACCAAUGUAUCAGCUGGGCUUUGAUGCAGAAGUUCAACCUGUAAACCUCACCACGAAGGUUUAAAAAAACAUUUUUGUUCAUAUUUUACUAAGUGUGCUACACACAAAGUUACUAAAGUUGCAUCUGAUGAUUGCUUUCAUUGUCGAUAAAUCUCUCAAUGAAUCAAAUUUUGACCUUUUUGUUCCCCUUUAAAACAUGUCUCUGAUUAAUCCUUAAUCAAAAAGAUUUGUGAUUAAUUUAAUAGUCGACAACUAUAAUGUAUUAAUCUCUGCUGUUCUACUUUUGAAAACCUCCAGGCAGGCGAGAACAACACUGUCUGACGAUGCAAACUUUGCAGUGCAUGAAAAUGCAAAUUACUUUCAGCACUUGAUCAUGUGUGACUGAACUCACUGAGGAUUUUAGGGAGUUGGAUAAACAAGCGUCCGACCCUGAGCACCAAACCUCCUGUCAGUCACAGAUGGUUUGUGUUGAAAUCCACAUCACAGAGACCCGCGAGUGUUACCCUGAAGUGCC